CCCAAACCCGCGGCUACACGCUCCGAAAAAAAACACAGUUACGCAGUUCCGGUGAACUGUCAAAUUUAUGCCUGUCAAUCGACGGGAAAGGAUAGGACCCAAAAAAGCAGAGGAACGGGAGUUGAGAGAAGGCAACCAAGAGACAUGUCUUUUAUCUUCGACUGGCUCUACAGAGGAUUCAGCAGCGUCCUACAACUAUUAGGGUUGUAUAAGAAGACAGGGAAGCUGGUGUUCCUUGGGUUAGACAAUGCUGGAAAAACGACAUUGUUGCACAUGCUCAGAGAUGACAGACUAGGACAGCACGUGCCCACACUACAUCCAACAUCCGAGGAGUUGACUAUUGCCGGAAUGACAUUUACAACAUUUGAUCUUGGUGGCCAUACACAAGCACGGCGAAUCUGGAAGAACUACCUCCCAGCCAUUAACGGUAUCGUCUACAUGGUGGAUUGUGCUGAUCUUGAGCGACUAGCAGAGGCUAAAAUUGAACUUGAUGCCUUGUUAACAGAUGAAACCAUCUCCAACGUCCCGGUCCUUAUCCUGGGAAAUAAGAUAGAUCGUCCAGAGGCCAUCAGUGAAGAUGCACUCAGGGGAAUGUUUGGUCUUUAUGGCCACACAACUGGAAAGGGCAACGUGUCACUUAAGGAGCUGAAUCUGAGGCCAAUGGAAGUUUUUAUGUGCAGUGUGCUGAAGAGACAAGGUUAUGGGGAUGGUUUCCGUUGGUUGUCCCAAUAUAUUGACUGAAUUACAUCUUAUCCUGUGCCAUUUUGUCUAUGUUAACAUCACUACCUGCUGGAAAGACAUUUUCAUAAUUAUAUUUAUUAAACUUUGGACGCUCGCCUUUUCGACUUUGAUCACCCCAGUAAGACACAUCAUUCAAACAACAUUAUUGUUAUAAUAUGUCCUGUUUUAGGUCUAUUAAAUCUUGAGUAUUCAAAAAAAUCUGUAAAACAGGUCAACAUUAGGCUGGAGAUUAUGAUCAUCGGUGUGUGCAGUUGAAAUGAGCGUUAGUAAAUACUUAUUUGCUAUGAUGGGAUUAUCUACCUUACUUGAAACUUGCUGGGAAAUCUCCAGUUCGUAACGGAGCAACAAGCUUGCUCCAUAUAGGACAUGUCAGUCACUGGCCUAGGUUUAUUUUUAGUAGCUGGUGUUGGCUUUCAGCUAGGCCCAUUUGACUAACUUUUUGUUACUGGAGUCACCCGUUCUCUAUUGGGCCAAAGCAAAAAACAUGCAGCUUUGCUAACAGGUCUGGAACCUGAUUGACCAUCAGUCUUGAAAAAGUGUACUUGACCUUCAGAAAGUUGUUCAAUGUUUAAGUGCUGUAUGAUCAAUACCUCACAACAACAAAAAAUAUUUCAAAGUACAGGAGGGCAGCCCUCCCGAGAUAUUAAUGGAUUUAAAAAUUCUCGCUUUUUAAAUCAAUGAAAAGUUUACCACUACAAGCUGAUCGCCAGACUGUUAGUGCAGUCCCUGCAUUUUUGGCAUUGAUUUUGAUUGUUUGAUAAUGCUAAAGAAACGUGUUUUAAAAUUGCGGAAUGUGCUAACACCAUGCCAGGUGAUGUAAACAAAUCAGAUUUGUCUACAUUGAGAAUCUACCUUUCAUUGGUGUGUUGUGAAAUGACUUGAGUACUUGGUGACUAUUGUCUGCCCACCACGUUCAGAAAUAUGAGAGUACUCGAGUGAGACUGGAAAACAAGUCCAAGUUGUGCAUGAAAACACAAGUGCAAUAUAAUUUGUAAAUGAGGUCUUAUUUCAUUUGUAUGAUAAAAUAAAACGUCGAUUGCCUUAUUCACAGCUCGCAAAUGAUUGAGGUGGUGAGUGGAGUUUGAGUACAAUAAAUAUUUUGACAAUUCUGUAAA